CUAGGAUCAUCUUGAGUGAACAAAGUAAGACGUGUAUGCGUUGAGCACACAUAAAACGAGGAGAUAAGAAUAACUCUAAAUUGCAAGUGCAAAAUGUGUCAUGCUUUACUAAAAAUGUGUAGCAGCUCGUUGUCCGCUACGAUGUAAAAACGAAGCCCACGACACCGACUCGCAUUCGUCCUGCGCCUGCUGCUCGACUUGGGACUGCAGAAAAUAUGAUUUUCUGCAGAAGAAAAUUGCCCGCUGCAAGAUCUAGUUCUUGCUUGAAGAUUUCUCUUCCGUGCUGCUACUUGGCACUUUGCCUGCAAGAACUACUUCAACUUUCAAAGGCUGUAACUGCUGUGGUCAACGGCGAUUUACCCGCCGCUGGCGACGGCGAUCGGCGACUACGUGGUGAGAAUAAGCGCACGAAGAGAAGAAAAAAAAGUGAAGAAAACAGCGGAAGUAUCGAUACUGAAAAUGAUGAUCACGACGCACGAGGACCAGCCGGUGCUGCUGAAGCAGGCGACGAAGAGGGCAUUAAAGAGACCAGCCCGCCUAGUGCUGCUAGUACACAUGAUAUCAUGCUCGAUCCUCGACCAUCCGGAGGGGGAGAGGUUCAUCCCUCAUCACCCUCCCAGGCCUUUCUUGCCGUCGCGGAAAAGGAAAAUGAAUCGAGACAGAAAGAACGGCAAGGGGAAGAACCAUGCUGCUAUGACGAGGAGGAGAAGGAGGUUCCCGUACCGGCAGAUAUCCCACAGAAAGGCACUAGUACUUACACAUACAAGGACCAGGUGGUAAAUUAGAAUAAACAGGUGCUGCUGUGUGUAUGACUCGUGUGUGUCGCUAAGGGUAUGGCGAAAUGGUGGUGUAGGUUGUGUGCUUUUCCUUUUCAUUUUUUGUAUGUUAGUAGGCGGAGAUGAUGGGGAUCAAGAUGAUGAUUCUGGUGCUGUGCCUCCUCCUCCCGAACCAGGUACGAGUACGACGCCGCCGCCGCAGCCGUAUAGUAGUACGGAGCAGCCACAUCCACUUCCGCCGCAGCCAAACACAACUGCGAAGCCGGUGACAACGAGUAGUCCGGCAACCACAUCGACGACCUCAAGUUCCACCUCGCCCGGUGGUUUGACGACGCCAGUAGACUGCGAUCCCGCGAAGCACUGCCCCCCACUUCACGUCGACGGGCCGCUGAUUAAAGACGCCAACGACAAGAUCAUUUACCUCAAGGGGAGUAAUUGGAAUACGCACGGGAAAUUGGGGACGGAAGCGUUUCUCCGGUACUACUCCAUGGACCAUGUCCUCGACCAGUUUCGCGCCUGGGGCUUGAACCACGUGCGGCUGGGGUACUCGCGGGACCAGAUCUUCCACUCCGCAGAAAACCUGAAAAUCUGCCGGUCGGAACAAGAUUUGCGGGAUGCUUUACCGACAACCAUCGGCGGAAAUGACGCGCUGUUCGAGAAGUGCAAGCCGCCGGGUACCGCAGAACUCGCACAGGCGGACGCGGAAACGAACAACAAAUACGAGCUUUGGAUGUUUGACUACGUGAAUAGCAUGUCGACGGAGAACAAACAAAAGCUGAUCGGCUGGAACGAGUUGCCCGCGAGCGAAAAUCGAUUGAAGUCCAUCGCCAAAUACGAGGAAAUUUUCGGAAAAGCGCCGCUGCCCCUGUGCCUGCUGGAUGAGAUGGUGAGGCAACACCUACAAGCUCAGAAAUUUGUCAUGCUGAGCCAGCAUUUGUAG